AUGAAUGAUAUAGAUAAGCAAUCAUCUCCAGAAUAUGAACUACCUCAUAAACGAAGAAGUCCAAUCUCCACCACUUCCUUAACUUCCAAAAAAUUCAAACUGACCUCACCGACAUUAGAACUACUCGAGAAAGAAACCGAUGAAGAAUUAGCCAAGCAAUUCAAAAAAUUCACCAAUGCUCCAAAAUAUGAUUUAAAUAGUGAAGAGUUAUUCUGUAUAUGUAGAAAACCAGAUAUUGGUGAGAUAAUGGUUGCAUGUGAUGGAUGUGAAGAAUGGUUUCAUUUUAAAUGCAUGAAUGUAAAUCCUGAACUUUCUCAUUUGAUUGCUAAGUUUUAUUGUAAAUUUUGUAGUUGGAAAGGAAACGGGAAAACUUUAUGGAAAAGGAAAUGCAGAGUAGAGGGUUGUUAUGAACCUAUUCGGAAUGAAUCAAAGUAUUGUUCAGAUGAGCAUGCGAAGGAAUUUAUUCGUCUGAUGGUAUUAGGAGGGAACAACAAACGAUCAGUUCAGGAUUUGGAGAAUGGAGUAGUUAAGGAUGUAAUUGAUUAUGUCAAUGAAGAUCAUGAUAAGUUGGUUAGUUUGGGGAAUAAAUUUCCUGAGUUGGAAGUCGUUAAGCAAUAUUUAAAGGAUGAAUUAGAUCUAGAUUCAUUUCCCACUGACGUUAAGAUGAGGUUACAAAAUUUGAGCAAGAGAUCAGAGAAAGUUACAACUGACAUUGAUCAACAGAAGAAACAGAUGGAUCAAUUAGUUAAAAUCAAGGAGAAUAUUAAAUUGCUUAAUGAAAAACUAGUGUCAUUACUUUAUCCUGAAAGUGUACAAGAAAGCAGUCUAAAAAAGAAGUCAAAGAAAUCAAAUAAACUGAGAAAGGAUAAGAUAGAUUUAUGUUAUUGUGAUAGGUCAAUUGAUGAAGGUAAAUCGCUAGUAAAUCAAUUAGUUGAACAGGAUGAACUAUUUGAAAAGUUUCAGAAUGUGAUCAGGAGAAGAUUAUUUGACAAUGAUGAUGAGCUGGAUGCCGAGACACCUGAAGAAGAAGAUAAAGAUGGUGGUGAUCCUGAUCGUUUCAUGAAUGCAUUAUGUAUAAUCGAUAGAAGGAAGUGCUCGCGUCAUAAUGGUUGGUGGAAUCUUGAAUAUGACGAACUUUCAAAAAGGAUAAGUACUCUCGAAGAGAGGAUUGAGCUUCUUAAGAAACAUCAAACAGAUAUCUUACGACAAUAUUCUAUAGAUGAAUAUGAAAAAUCAAACUAG